AUGACAAUAACGAGAAGUGGCGCAGAUCCCGGCACCACUGUGAUUCAACAAAUCCUAGAGAUAUCUCAACCACCGCGCUACGGUCGCGGUAAAGGAAGCAACCAAGAUGAAAUGGAAAUUCUUCCUGGUGAAGCUAGACAGGGCCACAAGGCAUCAAGAGCUGAGCUACAGCUAGAUCUGCGCCAGGAGUCUAUAACCAAAAACCCAUCAGCCACCACUUCGCCAAAUACAGGCUUUUCUUCGUCCUCCGCUUUGACUGCUCCCGCAAGAGCCAUCAAAAUGGCCUCGAAUGUUCAAGCAAAAGUCAAUUCACCUGUUGAGGUUUCAAAUACAACAGCAGCUUGGAUAUUCGGAGCAGUAGCGGCUAUCACCAACGGGGUGACGGCGUUGGCGACGCGACAAACGGCCAAGGCAAGCAAAAGAAGCGCUAUUGCGGGUGAGGUGGCGGCCAAUGCGAGUAAGAGAAGUGCCAAAGCAGCAGAGGAAACCUGUUUGAUCGCUCAGAAACAUUUUGAGGCGACCGUCAAAGACAAGCAAGACCGGCCGCCUACGCCGGAUACAUCGCAGAAUGUUUCCGGCACAGAGGCAGAGACUUCAAGUAGUAAACAACAAAAGCCAGACACGAGAUCAAGAACGGUAGUUCCUCAUAGCAGUGGGAUGGAUUCGCAAUUGAAUGUUCCGCCAGCCAUACUGUCACCCGAACUGCCCAAAACCCUUUCCGGACGAGGACGAGUGCGAAGAACUAUGUCAAACCCGACGCUUGGAAGACGGGAAAAAAUUGAUAUAUCACUCGAUCUGUCGAGUGUAAUGGCGGAACCGAUAAUAGUCUGGCCGGAGGUUCCAACGUGUGAGUUUGGAAAGCCAUGUAACUGUAAGAUUGUUCCUAAGAAUUGA